AUGGGCGGCGGUGCCUCCCCGGCCGCUUCUACGUCGAUCCUCUCGCCCGCCUUUGAUAACCUCGUCAACCGGGAAAUCGCCUCGCUCAGCAGCCUCCAGCACAUGCAGCACGAGCUCCAAACCGCGUCCCUUCUCCUCGGCGAGCUCGUACGCCUGCGCCAGCUCCGUGCUGCUACUUCUAACACCACCACCACCACCACUACUACCCAUACCGCUACGGAGCACCCAGCUCCCGGCCACGCCUCCCUCAACCCAGCCUCAAUCCCAACCUACCCUCCUCCGCAUGUCACGACUCAACCGAACACGCCCUCCUCUCAAGUCCCACCUCCUAUCCAGCAUACCCGAACGCCGCCUCCUCCUCACGCGUUCACGUAUGGGGGCGACACCGCCACCCCCAACGCGGCCACCCCGCCUCCUCAGGCCGCCACAGAGGCUCCCACCGGUGGCCCGUCAACGCAGCCUAUGGCCGCUACGAGCACUCCGGCCUCGGCGUCGGCCUCGACCUCCACUCCAGCCCCAGCUCAUUCUAUCAACCUUAACGGCUCCGCGGCACGCCUUUCGUCCAACUCGACGCCGGACGUACCCGAAGCUGAGGAACGGUCGGAGGAAGAAGAGUCGGAAGACGACUCGGAUGAAAACGGCGAAGAGGAGGAUGAAGAAGAAAAUGGCGAGGGGCAAGACUCGGACCGUCGUGAGCCGGCCCGGCCAGCUCCCGAAAGUGACGAGGGAGAACAGGCGGACGGUCCCGCCCCGCCAAACGGGAAGGGAAGGGCCGUAACGAUGGAGGAGGUUUCAUCAUCAGAUGACGACAGCGACGAGUAG